AUGGGUGAUCGUCUGGUGCUGAGCGACCUUUAUACAACACACACAGCAAUACCCCAGGGUCAUCAGGAACAAAUGGAGUUUGAUGAAGUUGCAGUUUAUUUCUCGGAGGAGGAGUGGGGCUGUUUAGCUGAAGAACAAAAAGAGCUUUAUAAGGAUGUGAUGAUGGAGAAUUACCUGACCCUCAGCUCUCUAGGAUAUGUUCAUAUGAAACCUUUACUUGUUACAAAGAUUGAGCAUAGAGAGGAGCCGUAUGUGAGCAGUUUUCCAAUUACCAAAGGUGAAUUCACAAACUGCAGUAAUUCUAGUGCUGGUCAGACUGCAAAUGCUUCUUUUAGUCUUUUUAAAAAUCAAAAAAGCCACAUGGAAAAUGUAUGUUUUACUUGGAAAACAAAUCUUGUUGAUCAUCAAAAAAUGCAUACUGGAGAGAAAGCAUUUUCAUGUUCUGAAUGUGGGAAGUGUUUUACUCAGAAAUCCUCUCUUAUUAAGCAUCACAAAAUUCACACAGGAGAAAAAGCAUUUUCAUGUUCUGAUUGUGGGAAAUGUUUUACUCAGAAAUCAACUCUUAUUGCGCAUCUCAAAAUUCACACUGGAGAAAAAGCAUUUUCAUGUUCUAACUGUGGGAAAUCUUUUGCUCGGAAAUCAAGUCUUAUUGAUCAUCAGAAAAUGCAUACAUUAGAGAAAAAAAAUUCAUGUUCUGAAUGUGGGAAAUGUUUUGUUCGGAAAACAAGUCUUAUUGAUCAUCAGAAAAUUCAUACAGGAGAUGAAGCACUUUCAUGUUCUGAAUGUGGGAAAAGUUUCACUCAUAAAAGAAGUCUUAUUGAUCAUCAGAAAAUUCACACAGGAGAGAAAGCAUUUUCAUGUUCUGACUGUGGGAAAUGUUUUACUUGGAAAUCAAAUCUGGUUGAUCAUCAAAAAAUACAUACAGGAGAGAAAGCAUUUUCAUGUUCUGAAUGUGGGAAGUGUUUUAAUCGGAAAUCAUCUCUUAUUAAGCAUCACAGACGUCACACAGGAGAAAAAGCUUUUUCAUGUUCUGAGUGUGGGAAAUGGUUUGUGCAGAAAUUUGAUCUUAUUAGGCAUCACAGAAUUCACACAGGAGAAAAAUCAUUUUCAUGUUCUGACUGUGGGAAAUGUUUUAAUCGGAAAUCAAAUCUUAUCGAUCAUCAAAAAACUCAUACAGGAGAGAAUGCAUUUUCAUGUUCUGAAUGUGGCAAAUGGUUUGCUAAAAAAUCAUCUCUUAUUAAGCAUCACAAAAUUCACACAGGAGAAAAAGCAUUUUCAUGUUCUGAGUGUGGGAAAUGUUUUACUUCUAAAUCAAAUCUUAUUGUUCAUCAAAAAAAACAUACAGGAGAGAAAGCAUUUGUAUGCUCUGAAUGUGGUAAAUGUUAUACUCAGAGAUCAUCUCUUAAUACACAUCAAAAAAUUCACAAAGAAAAAGAAUUUUCAUGUUCUGUGUGUGGGAAAUGUUUUACUCAGAAAUCAACUUUUAUUACACAUCAAAAAACUCACACAGGAGAAAAAGCAUUUUCAUGUUCUGAGUGUGGGAAAUCUUUUACUUGGAAACCAAAUUUUAUUAGGCAUCAGAAAAUUCAUACAGGAGAGAAAGCAUUUUCAUGUGCUGUCUGUGGGAAAGGUUUUACUCGGAAAAUGGAUCUUAUUAAGCAUCAGAAAAUUCAUACAUGAAAGAAAGCAUUUUCAUGUUUUCACUUUUAUUCAGAAAUCGCAUCUUAUUAGACAUCAAAAACUUAAUAUUAAAAGAAAUCAGAGCUUAAACUCUUAAGUGCAGAGACAAAGUCAUCAUCCGUACAAUGUCUAAAAUGCUGGUGAUGAUUCUGGUCCUCUGGUGUACAAGCUCUUGAGGCUGUUUAAGGGUCCUUCUGCAUCUCAAGUGGUUAUGUGGUGGCCCGGAGUG